GUUUGCAAGUUUUGAUGGUUCAAGACUUGAACUUUGAAGGGCCUCAUUCAACUUCCUCAUUGCAGUCAUUCUCAAUCUUCAGAAUCAAAGCAAGCAAAAGGCUGGACUUGAAGUCGAAGAGAGAAGUGGGCGUGUUUUCAAGGUGAAAGCGCCAGCAUUGAAGAGAGGGAACUGCGAAGCCGCAUGGCGGCGGGAUUACACCUCUGACGUAGGUCGAAGGAGGCUUGACACUCUUCCUUUUCAAUCAGAACUGCGGAGGGGGUGGUCAAAAUUCUGUUCAGAUAGCUUCCACAUUUAUCGAAUUUUUGGAGCACAAUGAGCGGGGCUCAUCGCUUACUGUCCCGCUCCGCAGGCCCCGUUGCUUGGGGGCGUUUUGGUAAUGGUCGCCCACAAAGUUUUCCCAACAAUAGUUCGUUCAGCCUUCGAGCACCCCCCUCGUUGGCAGCUGUGCGCAGGCAAACCCCUCGUGCAUGGUCAAGUUCCAGAAAUUUCUUCCGGUCACGAAGUUCGAAACCAAGUAGUGUGCUUCCUGGGCUGGCAAUUGGCGUGUCAGCUGCUUAUGGCGGAUCUGGAGCAUCAACUCCCACCACUGCGCAUCGAGACAGCAUCGCCCCCUCUGCGAACCCUGACAGCUUUCGCGCUGAUGCCGACCCGAUAGUGUUCUCUUCACACAAUUGCGCACCGGUCGAGCCCAUUCUGUCAGAAACAGGGCCUCUUGGGGCACUCGAAGACUGGCUGGCUGCAAUGCUGCAAAGGGCGGGCCCUGUUCUGGCGGCCGUCUGCUUGGCCGUCGUGUGGGCGCUAGCAAAGCCGGCCCCUGCAUCUGCGAGAAGUCAGCUGGCAAGGCCUCUCGCAGUCAGCUCCAGUCAGCGAUCUAUCGGUGGUGUCAAUCAGGAGCAAGGCGCACUGGGUGGCGCCACUUCACAUCGAAAUCAGGGUCCUCGCAGUGCAGCAGCUAGCUCGGGGUAUGUCAGCAAAGCAUCGAAUCUGGAGUCCAAUAAUCUCAGCCAAUCUGCAAGCAUCCCCCAAAAGCUUGCUUCACUCAGCGCAGCUGCGCCCCCCAACAGCCCCCCCUCAGACGUUCCCCCUUCCAGACAAGAUCGAUCCCGCUUCACAAACGAGGUUGGAGAUAGUCAGCCAAGCACGUCAGGCGCCCAUGAACCCUCCCUUCCCCACUCUUUUCACGCCGCGCCAAGUUUCCGCCGCACAAACCCGAACCCGCUGGAGAACUUCCUGCGCAACACCGGGCCUCCAGGGGGUGCGAGUAGCUCCAAUCCGUUGGGGGGGGGGGGGGGAGACGGAGCUAAUGAUAAAAAGCCGAAGGGAGUGCAAGCGAGGGAGCGGCUCGAUGUGUACUAUCUUCCGGAGCAGAUUCCAAGACCAGUGACGGGGGACUGGGUGUCAGACCAAGGGGAUUUUUUGACCCCCGAUUGGGUGACACCUCGGAUCAACCAGAUCGUGACGGGCCUGAAGAAAGAUACAGGGACGGAGAUCGUGGUGGUGGCAAUAAAUGGACUCGGGAAGCACGCAGGCAUUCCCGACAUGUUGGGAGCGAACGGAGGGGGGGGGAUCGAAAUGGACGUGCCGUAUAAGCGCCAGCUGGCAGUCAAAGUCCUCCCGGGGUUAGAAAAGAAGCUGAACAAGUGGGGGGACAAAAAGUCGAACGAGAGCGCGCGCGAGGCGGUGGAAGAACUGCGGGAGUCGGUGAUGGCAAAAAUGGCAGGCGGAAAUUGCACGGUCGGGGAGGUUAUCUUGGAGGGCGUCGCGAGCGUCGCGGAAAAGGUCUGGGUCGGCGAGGGGAAAACGAUCCCGCCGAACAUGCGGAGGGACCCCGCGACAAUCGCGGCGCGGACCAACAUCGAGUGGGUUACGGUCGCGCUAACCGUGUUUCUCGUGUGGUCGUGGGCCGACAAGAGCAGCCGGUUAAGCGGGUGGUUUAAGGAGGUUAGCGCGUGGUCAAGCGGGGCGUUCGACCGGGGGACGAAACGGCCCGGCCCGGCGUGCAGCGCUUGCGGGCAUUACACGGUUUUGCGCGGGUUAGCGACUCCGGAUGAGUUGAAAGACGAGGGGGUGAAAAAGGAAACCGAGCUCGGUUCCAUGGGUUACUACGCGUACGUGUGCGAGAAUCUCGACUGCACGGGGGAUAACGAGGCACGGACGAAUCUCGUCGGGUGGCCCGUGCCGUUCCGCGCGAAGCGGUGUCCCGGGUGCGGUUACCGCACGGUUAGGCAAACCACGGAGCCCCUGCGGGGAAAGGGGUUACUGAGCGACGGGGUGGUUAAGCGGGUGGUGGAGUGCCAACACUGCGGGGUUAAGGGCGAGCGGGUUAUGCGGAACCCGAGUCUCGUACGUGGUUUGCGGUUCUGGGAGAAGCAGAUGAUAGACGUGACGGAGGAUGGACGGCCGAAGAUCGCCGAGGGCAACGGGGCGAGCGGUCAAUUGGCCGAAUCAUAGCAGCUCUUGAUAGCAUCUGGAACGAAACCGGAAUGAAGGCACCGCUGGAAAGUUUCGGCGAAAAAUACCGGUAACUCAGGGACCGUUAAUUGACUUUUAAACGGUCUCUUUGAGGUAUUACUCACUGGGCUGAAUGAUCGAUCUCUGCACUGUCGUUCGUUCCAAGUGCACGCACACUGAUUCGGACGUUCGCAGAACCUUUUGCAUCUGGAUGCAACUACGGUUGUCCACGUGGGUCCAAAUGAACGAGGCAAUUACAUCAGACCAGCGGUUAUGAACGCGCCAAGGUUGAAACAAUUGAUCAUCCACUGAAAAAUUCCGCAAGUACGCU